AUGAUGCCGCCGUCUUCACCGCAAACACCACGGCACUCGCCGUACCCCUCCAUGGAGAACCUCCGUUCCGCAGCGUCCUACUCCCCGCAAGAGGGCCGCGCCCUUUCACACAAGUCGUCCUUUAACGACCCGUUAACGCCCUCACGAAACAGCUUUAACUCCUCGGUGGGUCCCACGAUGGACAUUGGCAUGUUUGGAAACGGAGGUAUGGACAACGGCGGCGGGUUGGGUAAUCUAGCGGACGAGCUAGCCGACGCCUUUUCAGACGGCGAAGACGACUACUUCGAGGGCCAAGAAGGCGAAGAGGCACCCAACAUGGAUGGCAAAGGUGAAGAAGAGGACCUGCUCCCGACGCCCAUGCCAAAGGACGGGGGUGGUAUACGGGAUAGCGGUGUCGACGUGGCAAGUCCCCGGAGCCGCCAGCGCGCAAGUCUAAAAUCACAACUCUCGCCGAACGGAAGGGGCCACCAUCACCACCACCGCCGGAAGGGGAGUGAGUACGACGGAAGUGAAUACGGUUCGGAGUCAGACCUAGAGCCAUCCGGACUAUCGCCCAGACUGGUAGAGAAGAUGGCCGAGGUCGAGUCGCUUGCGCGAAGAGGCACAGAAAACAAUGGCUCAGCGGCCGAUGGGGCAUUCCAGCGAGUGACCGAGGGUCUCCGCGAUCUAGGCUCACAAGCCGGCGUGGAAGGCGGUGCUACAAGAUUAAUAACCGCCCACUCGGCCCUAACAACCCACCUAACCCACCAAACCCGGCAGCUACACAGUCUCACCUUCCCGCUCCUCUCCCCACUCUCGCCCGCGCCGGACGCCGAAGCGAUCGACGAACUGCUGCCCAUGCUGGUCAGCCUCUCGUCAUGCAUGCCGCGGCCGUCGACGGCCGCCUUCGCCCAGCUCGCCUCGCUGCACACUAUCACCACGGACCUGGUCCACACGCUCAACUAUUUGUCCGAUACGCUGCACAUGUCCAGACAAACAACGACGACAGCGACAAGAAGACUCAAGAGUGCGCGCGAACUGGUGGCGGAGCUCAAGCGCGAGGAAGAAUUGAGGGAGCAAGGAGAGCGCUGGCUGAGCAGGGGUAACUGGAGCGAGAGGCUGCGGAAUCGCGAGUGCGCACAUGUCUGCGGCGAGGUGGUGGGCGGGUUUGAGGAGGUGUGUAAUACUUGGCGGAAGAGAUUGUUAGCGCAGGAAGGAGGGGGUGGUGGUGGUGCUGGGGAGGGGCCCGGGACGGCAGGGAGUGUUGAGGCUUGAUGAAGAGGGAGGCAGACUUGAUGAUGUUGGGGUGAUGCGGUAUUCUGAGAUGUGGUUGUUUGGUUGGUAAGCAUUCACAAAUGAAGAGAUUUAUAACAAAUCAGGUGUUUGACGAUGAUGAAUGAAGGGAAGGGAAGGGAAGGGAAGGGUAGGGAUUGACAAUAUAGAGCAAGAGCAAGAAAGCGGCGCAUAUACUUUCAACACUUCACUUA